CGCCGACCGCCUCCGUCCUAGUCAAGCCUUAUCACUUUCCCCAAAAUUAGAAUCAAACCCUAGUUCGUCCUCCUCCUCGAUUGCCCCCGAUCCCCACCGGGCGACCGCCGGAACCCUAGCUAGCCGUAGAUCCACCGCGUGGCCGCCGCCAUGGGGACCCUCAAGGAUCUCCUCCCGGCGCCCAAGACGUCGGCGUCCCCCUUCUACGACCACAGCAGCGACCCCUGGUUCAAGGAGCGGUACGGCGGGGAGUCGGCGCAGGCGUCGGCCGCGGCGAGGCCCGCGGGCGCCGCCAGGGCCAUCCCUCCGUACGGGAAGCGGACGGGGUUCGUGCCGCGCCGGCCGGAGGACUUUGGGGAUGGCGGCGCCUUCCCGGAGAUCCAUGUCGCGCAGUAUCCGCUCGGCAUGGGCCGCCGCGACGACAAGGGCGGGUCCAAGAUCCUCGCGCUCACCGUCGACGCGCACGGGAGCGUCGCCUUCGACGCCGUCGUCAAGCAGGGCGAGAACGCCUGCAAGAUCGUCUACUCCAAGCACAGCGACCUCGUGCCGAAGACCGCCACGUCCGAUUCGCAGGCGCCGGACGACGACGACGAGGAGCAGAAGCAGAUCGAGGAGACCACAGAGCGGACGAAGGCUGCCCUGGAGAAGGUUGUCAACGUCCGCCUUUCAGCUGCUCAGCCCAAGAAUGUGCCGACACAUGAUUCUGAGUCCAAGUUUAUCAAGUAUAAGCCGUCACAGCAAUCAGCGGCCUUCAAUUCAGGUGCCAAGGAGAGGAUCAUUCGGAUGUCGGAGAUGGCAGUGGAUCCUCUUGAGCCACCAAAGUUCAAGCACAAGCGUGUGCCCCGGGCGUCUGGGUCACCACCUGUGCCGGUGAUGCACUCGCCACCGCGGCCAGUUACAGUGAAGGAUCAGCAGGAUUGGAAGAUCCCACCAUGCAUUUCUAACUGGAAAAAUCCUAAGGGUUACACGAUUCCACUUGAUAAGAGGCUGGCGGCUGAUGGAAGAGGGCUACAGGAGGUGCAAAUUAAUGACAACUUUGCAAAGCUUUCUGAAGCAUUGUAUGUGGCAGAACAGAAGGCGAGGGAGGCAGUACAGAUGCGCUCCAAGGUGCAGAGGGAACUGAUGCUGAAGGAGAAGGAGAGAAAGGAGCAAGAACUGAGGGCUCUUGCACAGAAGGCUCGCAUGGAGAGGACUGGUGGCCCUCCUGCACCAUCAGCUGUGCCUGCUGGUGGUGGCAGGGGAACAAUUGAUGCUAUCGAUGAAGAUAUGGAUAUGGAGCAACCGCGUGAGCCGCGCAGGGAGAGUAGAGAAGAGAGGGAAGCGAGGAUUGAACGUGAUAGAAUCCGUGAGGAGCGCAGACGUGAGCGGGAGAGGGAGAGAAGGCUGGAAGCCAAGGAUGCUGCAAUGGGCAAGAAGAGUAAGAUCACGAGAGACAGGGAUCGUGACAUCAGUGAGAAGAUUGCUCUGGGUAUGGCAAGCACUGGUGGCUCCAAAGGUGGUGAGGUCAUGUAUGACCAGCGGCUGUUCAACCAGGACAAGGGGAUGGACUCUGGGUUUGCCACAGAUGAUCAGUAUAACAUCUACUCGAAGGGGCUCUUCACAGCGCAGUCAACGAUGUCUACGUUGUACAGGCCUAAGAAGGAUGGUGAUUCUGAUGUGUAUGGUGACACAGAUGAACAGUUGGAGAAGGUUAUGAAGACUGAGAGGUUCAAGCCUGACAAGGCAUUUACUGGUGCUUCUGAGAGGACUGGCAAGCGAGACAGGCCUGUGGAGUUUGAUAAGCAGGAGGAGAACGAUCCCUUCGGUCUGGAUCAGUUCUUGACUGAGGUGAAGAAGGGAAAGAAAGCUGUGGAGAAGAUUGGAGGCGGAGGCACCAUGAAGGCGAGUGGUGGGUCCUCAAUGAGGGAUGAUUAUGAUGGAGGAUCUGGGAGGUCCCGUAUUAAUUUUGAAAGGGGGCGUUGAGGUAUUUGCUCUUCAAGAUAUCUUCUGCUGGUUUCCGAUGCUUUACCAAAUGUUAUAGCACGGUUUGUGAGUUCAGAUUAAUGAGGGCUUGAUGUUGAAGCAAACUCUACAGCUGGUCAAUGAGGGCUUGAUGCUUUAUCAAAUGUUAUCAAUUGAAGGGUCUGCAGGUUUUACGGGCCUGAAGGAUUCUGGAGUAAAACCAACACAUCUUUGGUUUACAAGGCAGCAAUGGAUUUGAUUGAUAGUUACCUGUUCGUCAAUGGAUUUUUUUUUUUACCUCUACACAGAUGACCAACCAACCACCAAUAGAGGUGUCGGCGACAGAGAUCGCCACUCGAUCAGUAAAGCAGACUCGGAAACUUGCGUUGGCUGCUGGCUAGUGAUCACCAGACGAACAGAUUAUUUGUUUUUUGUUCGGCAGUAUCAGGGCAAUGCAGAGAUGAACAGGUGAGGAGGUGGAAAGAGUGUUAGGUUAUCACACCAAGGAUUCAUCCAAAGGCUCUAAUUAAGGAACGACGUGGAAGAAUGAGCUGCCAGAGCGAAUGGUGCAGGUUUCGUUCGGUAGAGAUAGAGAUGGGAUCUAUCAUUUUAAUUUAUCCACGUUAUGUAAACAUACCGUUGGUCUUGUACUUUGGUGUUUUGAGCAGUAAGAAUUUUAAAAACAUCAAUCCUUCCAAACUGUAAGAAUUUUAGAUACAUGAAUUACACUGCCUGUGGGAUAUGGAUGAAUUCAAAAGUACCUAUUUGUUGCUCUGGCUUGUUGAGUUUCGUCUGAUGCUGUGAAAAGACUGUAACGUUAGUUUGAGGGUGAUAUAAUGGUUCACUGAGUCUUGUUCACAUAUGUAUUGAAUAAGAAUUCACCUUGUGGUUGUUGCUGUGA